AUGUCAAACCAUACAAAAAGAUUUCAUAACCUUGUGGAACUAAAUGCCGAAAUUCGAGAUCAAGCCUUGAGCUGUAAUGUUUGUGAAUACAGUACUGAUAGACGGAGCAAUCAUACAAGACAUCUCAGCUCUGAAUCACACCGGUUAAACGUAGCGAAUGCAAUCCUCUCAAAUGCAAACAACCCUAACGAGGUUCAAAAUGAAGCAAUUAAUACUGAUCCAUCUCCUGAGGUUCAAGAGGAGGCAGAUAACUCCAUGAAUAUUGAUUCACCUUCUGGAAGUCCAAUGAUGACAGACAUUGAUGUUGAACCUGAGCCUGAACCAGACAUAACUCUCGAGGAAGCUUUCGGAAGCUCCCAUGGUUUUGAGGAGGAUGACAGUGAAAUCGGACGUGACUUUGACCCCUUUGAAAACAUUUUAAAUGAUGAAGUACAGUUGGAUGGUGGUCCUGGUGUUAGUGAAUCUAUCAACCCCAAUACCACUGAUGAUGAACCUCAAGUACCUGAUGAUUCUUCAAGUAUGAAGUAUUCAGAGGAAGAAAUUAAAGUGACCCUUGAAUUCGGUAGAUACUUGAUUGAAAUAGCAAUUCGGCAAUACAAAGAUCAACUUGCUCUGGAUCCCACUAGGGGGUGCCAAACAUUAAAAAAAUCAUUUCCUUAA